CAGGAGAGGACUAGGAAAUAACACUUGCACAAGGACGUGUAUAUAUUAUAGACAUUGCAUGUGAUCAGAUGUCCUAACAACCGUGAUCAGUGAACCAUAGCAUGGUAUGAACUGUGGGCGUAGCUACUGCGUGGAUGAAGGAUCCUGGCCUAUUAAUUGUGAUUUAAAGCAGUUAUUUGUUCAGCAUAAACCCUCCUCCCCUCCCUUCACAGUACUGUGACUUAGAAAAACUUUUAAUUUUAAUUUUUUUGUCUCAAAACCAAAAAGGACAGAAAAUCUUCAAUACCUGUACACUCCAACCAACUGGACCAAAUAUCGAUUGCUAACUCAUGCUGCGAUAAUUGGAUCCUGUAUACAUAAGAGAAAAAAGGGAUUGCCGUGGGUGGGGUGAACGAAGGGUGAGUAAGGGCAGGCUGGUACUGGGUUGGGCAAGGCUGUUCAGAUCACCACUGCAGCUUUAGGAAAAGGAAGGAAGGAAGGCUGUACAUUGUAUGUGUUUGUGUGUGUUUGUGUUCAGCGUUUGGCGGGUGAAUAAGGCCAGCCUGAAAUAUUCAUUCACUGUGUGGAAUAAGCAAGUCGGGUGAUCGGUGUUCGCCCUGUGCUACAUUGUGGAUCUAACUGAAACUGGGAGAGGAGCCCAGUUUUCCCAGCAUUAACGCUGUAAUGCAGGCCGUACAGCCGUGCUGCCCUGUCGGGAGUACAGUUAUGUUGAGAGAGGAAUUAAACGGCUCUCCGGUCGGAGACAUGUUCUGCUGUCACAGCUGUCUCAGAAAGUGGGAACCUCCACUGGACUUGAGUGAGAGUCCGAGUCGAAAGCGAAGGAAAACGUCUGGUGGUGUCAUUGACCUGACCGAUUCUCCGAGUCCCCCAGCAUGGGACGCCAUCGUCGAUAGCGCACGUCCCAUCCGUCGCCGCAGCUCCACCCAGAGACGGGUUCCUGGGGAACGGUGCAACACGCCACGAGCCAGACGCAGUCCUGGUACUAGAAGGCAGACGAGAGAAAGGAACACACUGCGGGAAGCCGAGUCCCCCGAAAGACGAGCGUUUCAGCCGCCUAAUUUGAUUGGACGACAGGUCCACCCAGCAGCCCUCCACCCCGGACAGCAAGCCCAUCAGCCAGUCAUGUUGGAGGUUGAUCAGGUCCAUGUUUCUGCGCCCGUGACCAUGACCCCGUAUGGAAUUCCGGUUUGCACUGGCCCGCACCAGAUCCCGGCGUGUGACAUUGCUCAUAUGCCGGUGUGCAGUACCCAGUCGACGUGGUCCAUUCCUGCCUGCACGAUGCAGCUGCCUGGCUGCAGUAUGCAGCACAUUCCAGCGUGCAGUCUCCAGCAGAUGCCAAUUGCGCACACGAUGCCCCCGCUCCUCCAUCACCCCCACCACCCACCACAACACCACCAGCUCCCCCACCAACAUCAUAAUGUUGCCGCUCCCACACACUUCUCCAGAGUACACCGGCCUCCGAUACAUGAAGACGAAGUUCACUUAAUGGCUGAGCACCAGUCCCCGUUUGGUCUGCACCCCGGUAUUCAGCACCGGGCUCCCCUCAACCCCUCACCCCCAGUUCUUCUACAGGAACCGGCCAUUCACCCAUCUCCACAUGAUUUAUACAUGCAAGGUCCCUAUCAAAGAUACUACGCAAGGCGGUCGACAGGAAGAAAUCGCUUGCGCAAUUCUCUGCCCCUGCCUUCACCGCCUCCCUACCCAGGAUUUCUUCUUCACUUUUUAGCAAUGCUAGGGAACCCGCCAGUGCCUCCUUAUGGUCGCGAUGCUGUGGAUGAAGCCUCAGAAGUUGAAAAUUAUGAGGCUCUGCUCAAUCUAGCAGAACGACUGGGUGAGGCAAAGCCACGUGGUUUGACGAAGGCCGACAUAAAGCAGUUGCCAGCGUACUGCUUUAACAGCGAGAUGCGGCGGUCUGACCUCGACCAGACAUCGUGUGUUGUGUGCAUGUGUGACUUCGAGAACCGCCAGCUACUGCGAGUUCUGCCCUGCAGUCACGAGUUCCACGCAAAGUGUGUCGACAAGUGGCUUAAGACAAAUCGUACAUGCCCCGUCUGUCGAGCUGAUGCCACUGACCUGUUGAUGCCUCCGCCGUCGGAAUAAGACUGUUGCAAGACUUGGCAAUAACUAAGAUGUUUAAUUUAGACGAAGACCUAAUAAUACAGCCUAUCUAUUUUCAAUGCUGGAAAAGGUUGUGAGCACUUCUUUAGUCACAAGAAAUUUUGGCAUUUGGCAAGUGGACAAAGUGCGAAUUCAACUUUUUUCUUCUUUUUUUUUUUUCUCUCAUUGAAGGGCGAGAUCAGCAAGAACAUUAAAUAUUUUGUUGAAAAAUGUCUUAUGCUGAAUGUCCUAAAGUCUGGAGGUGAUUCUUAUGAUAAGAAAGCUGAAAUUAACAGUAUAAAAUGCAAUCAUGCAAUCCUUUUGACGACAGUUUAUUCGGGUAUGGUAUUUUGAAUGUACAUUUUGUUGUCAGAAGGGUAACAGACAUACAACGGAAACGGGUAUUCUGUGAACUUGCAGGAGCGUGUCGGGCUUGUUGCAAACAUACAGAAGUGAUUACAGUGCAUUUGUAAAACAGACAAAACACUUUGACAAUGAAUUUACAAAUGAGAAACUGAAUUUUCAUGAAAGAAACCCGGUCUAUUUGUGGAGAAGCGUAUAAAAGUAUCAAGCAUAUUCUGUAUAGUCCAGAUAUAAGCCAGCUAUCCCACAUGUGGUGUUCUGUCAAUUUGGAAACGAGAAACGGGCAUAUUUUUUUUUGGAGAGACUUUUGUAGAUGCCUUUUUAAGUGCACUGCAGAUUUGCAUACAGAGUAACUCGGUUACGGAAGACUGUUGUACAUACACAAAAUGUUCUGUGUUCUUUUGCAUAACUUGUAUCAUCUCUUACCUCAUAAUGUGUGCUGUAAGCAGUGCGUAAAGUGUGAGUGUGUGUGGAGCUUUGUGCUUUGCUUGUAGGGAUCAAAUGAUGUGAUUGAGAAAUGCAGAAUAGCAAAUAGAUGUUACCGAUGUCAGCAGCAAUUUCAUUUUGUUUAUUUUCAUCAAUUGGCCUUAAUUGAACGGAAUUGGUCACGGGGUUUUUGGUGCCAAAAUCAUGAGCUUAGUUAUUUAUUAUAAUUUUUGAAAUGCUACAAAAGUUUUUUAAAGAGACAAACUUUUUUCUUUUCUUUUCUUUUUCUAUUCAUAUUAAGUUGUGCUGGUUGACUGCAAUGCUGUAAUACAGAGUAAUAAACACAGUACAGUCAGCUCCAGCUAGUUGAAUACAUAUCUUAUUCGAGAAAUCAUAAAGCAAUAAAUUAUUAUUAUCUGGACUGGUUAUGGGGAAAACAAUCAUCCCCUGAUUUAUAUUAAAAUUUAGUAUAAUUUAUUUGAAAUUAUAAAUAUAUUGCUACAAAGAUGUUUCUGGGUUGUAAUAACAUUGAUUAAGUUAGCUGCAUGUUGGAGCCUAAAAACCUGGUGCCAAAAUUAGUGGUUGUGUACCUGCCAAGAAGAAAUAUGAGGUCAUUUAAUAUUUCCAGUAAUAAUAUGCAUGUUUGUUUUUUCUUUCUGUCCUUUUGUGUUUAUGACUUUCCACAUAAUUUGUUUUUAUAAACACAGGACAAAUAUUUGUCUGUUAUUGCUGUUAAGUGGAAUGUUUGUGGAGCUGUACAUUAUUGUGAUUGUUCUUUUUCUUUUUUUCCUUUAAUUUUUUCUUUUUUCUUUUUUUUUUCUUUUUUAAAUGCUUCAACAUUAAUGCUUUAAUUUGAUCUGGUAAAUAAUAAUGGUUUAUUUUUAUUAGUUAAAACAGAUCAUCUGCUAUUUCAUGUUAUAUUUAAUUAAAAAGAUUCACACCACCAUCACACUGGGACAAGACUAAUGCUGUGUUAAUCUAUAUUCUCACUAAUUCACGGAGUAAGCAUAUACAUGUUAGAUUUUCUCUUAUUAUUUUCAUAAUCAUUACCAAGGUACAUAAAAUUCCCAUUUGGAGAAAAAUAAUGGAAUUUGGAAUACCAGUAAUAGAAAAUUGGGAAGGGGGACAGGUUAAAUUGAGAAAAACAUGGAUGCUAAUUUUAUUCCAUCUUUCAAGUUUUGGUUUUUGCCUUACCUUUACGAAGUGAAAAAGGCAAAAUAUAGAUACUACUUUUCCGACUGUGGCUUAACAUUAAAAUUUCGUGUUUAGAUCAGUUUCUCACAAACUAUAAGUCCUAGAUUAGCGGAAUUUGGUUUAUAGUUGCAUCUGUGGAUGUUCAUCACAGUGCACCAAAAUAUUUAAUUUCACAGAAUUCUUGUAAACUGGUGAUUCAAAUUAGAACACUCUCAUAACUAUAAUUCUAUGUUUUAGGGCUAUUUUCAGUUCACUAUAUUUUGUUGCACAGUCAUCACAACUGUAAUAAUAAUCUAGGUAGAUAUUGCAAACAAACAAUGCAAGUAAACCUUUGUAAUUGGAGGCGGGGGUGGGAGAGGGGGUAUUGGAGAAACAAUGAAAGUAAUAUAAAAAAGAAAUUGUAUUACUUCCAAGUAGUGGGAAAAGCCUACCUGGCCACUUGCAGAUGAACUAGUCCAUUAAGAUUUUUGAAUAAAGUUUACAGCAUUUCAUCUCUAAACUUCUUUUCAGUUUGUUUAUUAUUCUGCAUUCCAUGUUAUAGAAUGUAUAGCCAGUUCAUUAACAUAGGUCUGUUUGUUUACAAAGCUCACUGAACUCGUUAUUGGCAUCUAGAUAUUAUUCAGUAUGUACACGGAAGCUGUCAGUCAAAAACAGUUAACAGUUCGAUCUAACAUAAUAAUUUAACUAAAUUAAUAACAAAUUGUUCAAUACUUUAAUCAGCCUUGUCUUCUAAAAUGUAUUGACAUAUUCGUUGAUACUAUUUUUAAAAUGUACCGGUACUCGAUACAUGUAAACUAUUUUCUAUGUAAUAUAUCACUUUUACUUUACUAUUUUCUAGCAGGAGUCAGACAUCAAAUUUCUUCUUUUUCAUUUUUCGCUUAAAAUCUUACAGUUGCAAAUGAUAAAUAUUUGUGAUCACAUGUGCUUUUCCUUUUGUGGUCAAAAUAUUCCAAUAAUUUUAGUUCCAUUUUUAACUAUUUGUCAUAAUUUUGUGUUAAGCAGAUUUAAUUUUGUAACAGUAUUUUAUAAGAGGAAGGUCUUAUGGAUACAAAUGUUACAUUCAAAUGCUGUAUUCAUAUUGAACAGUAAAUAUUUUAUCAUGUAUAUUGGUUUUUCAUCCUAGCCUGAAAAGUAUUUUUUGCAUUAAUAACUUCAUUUUGCCUUGGCAUACAUGUAGAUUCUUUCUGUUAAUGUGUCCCUACUUUAGAGUUAUCUCCCUUAGACAAUGAAUCAGUAAAAUAUAUUUAAAUUUUUGUUGGAUCUAAUAGAAAAUAAAAUGGUUCAUUUUUAUUUUGUUAUUUUUUGUUGGUUUAAUUUUGAAAUUAAAAUGUUAAUUGUAUUUUUAUAAUUUCUAAAACUUAUCCCUUUUUACCUCCCCUGAGGCAGAAUUAAGUUAUUAAGUAAAAAAUACUUUUAAAAACUGGAACAUAGUAUACUUGGCCAUCUUUGAAAACAAAAUGGUUUGCUGUAACCCAAUCCAACAUUUUAUUAAUUGAUCAUUUGGCAUGUUUUUGUAAUUAUUUUCUACAUUAGUUAUUAUUAAAUUACAACAAGCAAAAGUUUUGAUUGGAAAAAAAUGUGAGUUGAUUUUUAUUAAUCCACUUAUGUUACAGCAAACAAUUUUAUUUUUUUUUAAGUUGGUUGAAAAUUAUAUGAAUAUGAUGCUUUUGUUUUAUUAUUUUGUACUAUUCAUUCGUCUUUUGGAUGGAAUUUGUACCCUGGUAUCUAUAUCGUUGAUAUCAAAAACAAACGAAAUAUGUUACGUACAUGUAUCUUGUGUUUAGAAAUCACUGCACUGCUCUUUGAAUCUGUUCAUUUAUGUGUUUUUGUUGUUUAAAUUCUUGAUUUAUUUUGUGUUAACUAUUAUCAGUUUAAUUUACUAGUAAUUGAAUGUUUACCUGAUAAUUAUAAAGUCUGGCUAUAUGUAGUUUGUCACUUAUUAUUGUAAACGAAAAUAAAAUUGAAUAUAGUAGCUUCCCAUGAAUUUAAUAUUCAGUUUGCUUGGCUGGAUAUUCAAAGAAAUUUGUUUUUUUAAUUCCAUACAUACCGGUACUAAAUAUUUUCUAAAUCUAUUACGUGUACAACUGUGUUUCGUAUUUUUAUUUCAGGGAAAAUGCUGAUAAAUUGAUUUAUAUGUAUAUAAUUCUGUGCUGUCAUGAAAUGAUUGACAAUUUCCAUCUAUAUAACACAUACCGUUAGCCGCAUUUAAUAAAAAUAAAAACAAAGAACAACAAGUUGAUCAUUCAGAUUUGUUAAAAAGCUUGGCUUAAAGGAUAUUUACUGAAUUUCUGUCUUUUUACAGAGAAAAUUUAGUAGCAGAUUUGAUAUACAAGUAGUUACUCGUAACGGAGCUGAUAUGUAUUUGUUCCAAGUUUCAAAAAAGUCGAGAUGCAUACAUGUAGGUAUUUAACAUUGAUAUAUAAACUGUUUGUUGGGUUUUCAGCUUUCCUUGGGUAUUACUUUGAAUUUACUGUCUUUGAUGUCCCACUUUGAAAGGUUGUUCACCAGUAUGUAAAAUAUUUUAAAAUAUAUCUUCACUUCUACUAGGCCUGUGCUUAUGAGACUAGUUUACACAAUGCUCAAACAUGAGUUCAAAAUAUGUUUUCAUAAUGAUAUGAGCGAUCAGAAUUCUAAUUUCUUAAUUAUUUUUUUAUGAGCAUUAUUUCUGAACCAGUUUUAAAAGAGUUUAGCAACAAAGAAAAACAUUAAACUUCAGAAGAAAAAAAUGUGUAAGAAAAUAUUGGGGUGGGGGAUUGAAAUUAAAUAUUUGUUAAUAUCAAAAACAAAAUGAUUUUGAAAUAACUUCUGUUUUUCUUCGUUUCUGUUUGUGUAAAAACACAUUACUUUGAGAUAAUUGAAACAAAAUGCAUAAAACAUUAAAAGUUUAUUCACACUUCACCCUUGGACCAGAUAAAAUAUAGAUACUUCUGUCGCUAUUUUUUAUUAAUGGUAAGCUAUUUCUAAAGUUCUGGGCCCCGUUUUACAAAGUAAUCUUAGCAGUAAGAUCACCCUAAGUACUUUAUUAUGCACUUACAGUGAUUUUAACGCUAAUAACGCUCCAUAAAACAACACCCUGGACUUUAGGGGUGUUUUGAUACAAAACAUUUGUCAUUAAUUUAGUUCAGUUAGUUGAUUUUAAUUAACACUGGUAAUAAACGUUUUUAUUAUUAGAUGCAAAAUCACGUUCAGGAACAGGAGGUGCACUUUUUCCCCAAAUUUUGAAGUGUCCCAAAACUGCAGCUUUUGGGAGAAAUUUCUACAUGUCUUAUGCACAUUAGUGUACUUUGUAGUACUGUGGCUGCUUUUUUGUUUUAAAAUUGCACCCCCUCCCUAGAAAAAUUCUACAUCUGCCCUUAAAAGACUGACAUCUUUUUUGACUUCCUUAAUAUUUUUGAAGCACAAACAUAUCCAGGGUUAUUCCUGCCUGCACCUGGAAGUUCUUAUCUACCUCUUGUUACCUGUAUUAAAAUACUGUGUAUGCCUUUUUUCUUAUAUUCACAAUGUUGUGUGCUUUAUGUAUGUCUCAGAAAUUACAAAUGUUUAUAUAUUAUCACAUAUUGUAAUAUGUAGAAAAGAUGUUCUUUCUCUUCCCCAAAAUAUUAUAUAUGUCAUUAUUAUGAAAUGCAAACUCCCUUGAAAUCUACAUUUCAGAUCUAUAUUAUGGCAAUAAAAAUCAUCACUAUUA